GUACACUGCUUGUUUGUUCAUCGAGUAAGUCGAUUAACAAACCAUUCAAAGACAGCAUGGAUGUUUGAUACGUCACUGCUGUGGACACGUCGCAGCCGCUGACGAAGACCAAAUCACAUCUAUAUCUUUGUUAACUUAGUACUUCAUAAGAUCGGUGUUCAGCAAAAUUUCCUGAUCUUACAAGUAAUGCCGACUAAUGAAGUUGUCCGGAUCUUACAUGGUAUUUUCCUCACGUCCCAGAUCCUGUUCUGGGUAGCGAGUGGAAUCAGCGGAAAUACUCUACAAGCAGAGAAGUGUGAUAUAAGAUCUUGGUACAACAGAGUGUAUUCCGAAGGCUUGUUUGACAACCCACUUACUACAAAACAGGAAAAGAUGAAGAACGCAAUCCAGGCUCUUCUAAUCCAUAGUAAAAACAACCCCAACGUUAAAUUAGUAGACUGCAACAUUUUGCAAAUAUAUGAAAAUGAAUUGAAAAAAGGAAAAGUUAAAAAUGCAGAGAGUGGGUCAGAGCAAGAGAUGGAAAAUCCUACCGAUCCAUUUAAGGAAGACUAUAGCUUAAAACUCCCCACCGCAGAACAUAGUGAUAUGUCAUCUGAGGGAGUCGUUGACGCUGAUAUAGGUAAUCCAAAAAACGAUGAUAUUAUAGAAGACAAAGAGAGAAAUAUUGAGAGCAAAAUCAUUGAAGAUGACAGUGAGAUAGAUGAAACAGAAUUAGACGACAUAGAAGAUAGCAGAGGUGGUGAUGACAUUGUUGAUGAUAAUGAGAACGAAAAACAUAUCGAGUACCAAAAAACAGAGAUUGGUCUACAUUUAAGCGAUGAAAGAUCAUCGAAUCAUCAGGAAUUUCAGACUGACAAGUCGAGCAUUAUGAACUUGAAUAAUACUCAGAAUGAGUCACGUGGUCCAGCUGACAACAAUACACAUAAUUCCACAAGAAAAGACGGGAAGACAUGCAAGAGAUUUACAUGGAAAUUACAAAAACAUUUGACUUUGAAAACAUCACCAACAGAAAAAAUGGGCACUAUGAGAUUUGGAGGAUAUAGAUGUGUCAAUUCUUACGUCGCAUCACCUUCGUAUUGCUUACUUCAAAUGAAAAAAACCACAAGGAUGACAAACAAUGCAACAUAUCAUUUGGGAAAGCGUACAGAAUACCGGACGGAGAACUCCCGUAGUCUAGAAAAUGAAGAUAGAUACACCCCGACAGACAUGGAAACAGGAAUAGAGAAUGGGAAUAAUGGAAAUGAGGUGUCCUUAGAAGAAGCAGAAAUAUUAACAAAUCAAAAACGAAACGAGAAAACACAGAAAUUGUCUGUCGAUGAAUUACCAAGCACUGACAGCAUAGUGCACAACCAUAAAGAUAGAUAUGACAACGCUGGACAUGCAUCAUCGAAUGACGAAUUCAGUGGUUUUAAAACUCAAGAAGCGGUUGAUUUCAAACGUCUGCAAGAUAUCGUGUCAUUGAAAACGGAAGAAUAUACAAAGAAAAUACAUUUUCUCGAACUGAACAUCAUAAAACUUGAAAAUCAAAUGUUAAUGGAAAAGCUGAACAAAGAAAACCAUUCAAGCACGAUCGCAAGAUUAGAAAAUAAUAUUCUAAGAUUUGAGAACGAGCUUUUAAGAAUGAAGCAAAGCUUUCAUCACAUGAAAAUUGAUAAUGAUGAAAUGAAGACCACACAGCGUAAAUACUUAGAACUUGGACAUAGCUCACAAAGUCAGACUGUACAAAAUCAUAGUCAAGAACAGCUGCUAUCCGAGCAGAAUCAGACGAUUAUCAGGCUCUCAGAAAAAUUACGAAACCAAUCAGACGUAAUCACAAAAUUAAAAAACCGCUCAGAAUACAUGGAUGAUCAGAAUAGAAUGCUUUAUGCAAUGGUUAUGAAUCAAACUGCGUUAGUGUCCCAAAUUAUGACCAAAGUACAAUCACUGACUGAGCAAACUCUCCAACAACGCGAAGCAGCACGAGAAAUGAAACAACAGAUAGAAUACGGUCUAGAGGACGUAAAAAUAUUAAAGAAUAGUCAGAGAACCCAACAACAACUUGAUACAUCAACCACAAGUUCAAAACAUUUAGAUUUGGAAGAUGUGUCAAACCAGCUUCUUCAACAACUAGACGAUCUGGUGUCGGAUAAAAGACUAGAAAGUGGAGAAAAUAUUAAAGAUAUGUCUGUAUCAGAGCAACCAAAAGACUCAGUGGAUGAAAUUGAUGAGCAAUUAAAGCAUUACUUACAUUACACGUCGGUGACCUAUUCUGUUAAACAACAAGAAUGGUGUAAGUCUCGUGCACUAUGUUACAAAAGCUUUAUUAUCAUAUCUGACUGUGUGCCCUACUCAUUCAUUGUGUUCGCUUCUUGUGAUGUGGAGAGCGAAAUGAAUAACAACGAAACCAGAGACCAGUUUGAAAGUUCAGGCAUCAACUUUCAAAGUGAAGAAGGAAAGCUAUUGGAAGAAACUAAGGAUUCCAAUGUGCAACCACCUGAUCCAGAUGAUGGUACGGGUGCUAGUAAAGAGGAAUUAGAUAGAACUGAUACUGACAAAGAUAGUGAAAAUAAAGAAGCCAAUUCGAAUAAACGUAUGCGGAGAGUAUCGGAAGAAAUGGAGGUGGGACAGGCUCCAGAAACUGUUAUUGAUAUCGAAAAAACAGGAAACAACGUUGCAAAAGAAAAGGAAAAUUUAAAAUAUGAGGCAAAGGAUAGUGGUGAAAUUGAUGCAAGCAAAGCCAGUGACGAAAUUCUUGAUGAAAUGAUAAAAGAAUUAGCAAUGAAAUCUAUCUCAGAAAAAGCAACAAGUGAUAGGAAUAUAUCUCCAGAGGACAAAAGAAACCAAAGACAAGUAGGUGGCGCUCAUGGUAAGAGUAAAGGACCAGAAUCAACCAACAAUAAUAGUCGAAAGGAGAACAACAAAGGAAUAAACACAGAGCCCCCAAAACGUGAAAAUAACACAACCAAUGUUAAAAAGGCUGAGAUACCGGUGAAGUACGGCUCAAAUGGACAAAGCGAUCCGAAGGAUUGUUAUGAUUACUACAUCAAAGGGAAUUCAAGAAAUGGUGUAUAUAAGGUGCGGCCUUACGGUACGAACCGACUGAUACAAGUGUACUGCGAAAUGAAAACUGGGGGAUGGACUUUACUUCAGAAACGCCAAGACGGCUCUACCAACUUCUACCGGGACUGGGAGGAUUACAAAGAUGGAUUUGGAGGUGUAUAUGGAGAGCAUUGGCUUGGGAACAGCGUUAUACACAGACUUACAAACCAGGAUCAUUACACACUGAAAAUCGAGAUGAUGGACUGGGACAAAAACGUUAGGUUUGCUGAAUACAGUAAGUUUACUGUGGACGAUGAAAGUGAGGGAUUUAAACUACAUAUUGGAGGUUACAACGGGGAUGCUGGUGACGGAAUGAAUAAACACAACAAUCAGAAGUUUUCAACACGAGAUGUUGACAAUGAUCAAGUUGUUAAGGAAUUCGGCGGAAGUUGCGCAAAAAGAUUUCAUGCAGCAUGGUGGUUUUACAAGUGUUAUCAAAGUAAUCUGAAUGGGAAAUACUAUAGAAAUGGAAAAAUUGAGGAGAAAAAAUAUGAUGGUGUGACUUGGAAACCAUGGACUGGCUCAAACUAUUCGCUUAAACAAGUGGUAAUGAAAAUACGACCGACUUCAGCAGGUUCGUGACAAAAUAACUAAGUAUAUAAUAUUUCGAAGACAAAUUCUGAAUGAAACAUUGAAACAUUUGCUUUACCACUAGCAUCUGUAUCUUUAGCCAGAUCAUUAUACAAUCAAAUGUCAACGUCUUGUAUGGACAUUCAAAUACAUUUGACAUUUACGUACGCGUGUGGUAGAAUCCAUGCAUAUUUUUUAUGUAUGGGAAUUUAUAUUGAACUCUGUGCGACGUGGAUAAGCGAAGGAAUUAAAUUUACACAAAAGGCAUAAUUUGCAUACUAAUAUACAUUCAUUCAUAUUUCACACAGUUAUUAAAUUUUUACUCGUAUAAGAUGUAAUAAACUCUUCAAAUUCUCAGAAUGCUAAAACUUUAAUGAAACGUGCGUCCAUUUUGUAGUCAUUGUCAGAGGCUUCUCAUGGUGACCUGAGAGAGAUUUGUUUGGUAUAUACAUGUAGAUACCAAAGAUGAAGAUAACGAGCAGUGAUCAAUGAAAAGGUGAAGAUAACAAACAGUUAUCAAUCUCGUAAUUCCUAUAAAGAAUACAGAAUUAAGAGCAUGACAAACACGGACCCUUGGACACAUCAAAGGUGGGAUCAAGUGUCUAGGAGGAAUAAACGUCCUCUGUGGACUUGUCACAUCCGCCGUGAGCCCUAUAUUUUGAUAAAGUAAAUGGAAUAAUCCGUAGUCCAAAUCAGAAUGUAACGAAUGGCCUAACAAUUCGUAUCCAAUACGUCAGACAGCUUCUGACCCAAUGAGAGGUUGUACGUGUAAAUACUAGUAGUAUUUGCAUAUAGUAUUAACGCCUAUAGAAAUUGCAACAUACCGACACUGUUGAAAUCCCUGUAUCAUCAAAUUAUUGUGUAGCGGUCAGCCGAGUUCGAUCGCCGGUGGCCAGAUAGCUUAGUUGGUAGAGCACCUGACUAGAGAUUCAGGGGGCCCGGGUUCCAAUUCCGGUCUGGUCCGUUGCAUUUUCUCCCUUCCUGUUACAUUUGGUGCCAUAGACCAGCCACAAUCUCUACCCAGAGUUAGCGUUCCUUGCUCUCACUUACACCUCUGUCAACGUCUCAAGGGUUUUUACAAGAUUUUUGUAAAAUGGUACGUAUGCUCAAAUAAAGUAUGGUUUUGACUUCAGUUACAAAAAUAUACGUAAAUAAAUAAAUACUGAGCAGAUGGCAAGUCUUUUUGUGACACAAGAAGCAUUGAUUUGGGUUGAAACGUGGAUAUUGGGUUGUUCUAUUGCACCAGGCCUAUACCUAGGUACAUGACGAAUAUAUAGUAAAGCAAAAUAGUCUACAAAUAGUUUCUUGUCCUACAUUUUCCCAGUAUUUUAUUAAGUAGUUCUUAGUUUUAUUAGACGUACAAAAGUGGAUUUACAUGUGUAAUAACAUUGCUUAAACAUUUUUGUUACGCAAUCCUUUGUCUUUUUAGGCUUUUAUAUAGAAGAAAGUCCACUUGUAGUGAAAAGGUUACCUGUAGGUGU